CCAUCAUCUUCCUCACUGCCUCUCUUGUCUAGUUCUCUUCUAUUCUCUCUCUUGUUAGUUCACUCCACAUAAUAAACACCAAACAUCUCAUUUUUCAUCACAAUUUUCGAAAUUUCUUGGAUUUUUUUUUGUUGAUUGAUUUCUUGAAUUGGGUUGUUCUUGUUUUUACCAUCUUUUAAGUGUAAAUAAUCAUGAUGGGUCAAGAUCAUGAGGUUGGUAGUGAUCAGACUCAAAUCAUUAAGGGGAAGCGUACGAAGCGGCAGAGAUCAUCCUCUUCGACGUUUUUGGUGGCGGCGGCGGCGACCACAAUCACCUCCACAAGUUCAUCUGCCGGCGGAGAAAGAACAGCUUCCGAUGAAUACAACUCGGUAGUUUCGUCUCCGGUUACUACAACUGAUUGUACAGAGGAAGAGGAAGCCAUGGCGAUUUGUCUCAUCAUGCUUGCACGUGGAGCUGCUCCAUCGCCGCCGCUGCCGGAUCUCAAGAAUUCUACCAAAACUGACAAAAAUCUUCAUCUGAAGACUUCGUCCACGGAGAAUUCUAGUUUCUACGUCUACGAGUGUAAAACAUGUAACCGGACGUUCCCGUCGUUCCAAGCUCUGGGUGGACACAGGGCGAGCCACAAGAAGCCUAGAGCGUCGAUAGACGAAAAAGCUAAAGUACCCCUUACGCAGCUCAAGUCUAGUGCAUCAGAGGAAGGGCAAAAAAGUCAUUUUAAAGUUUCCGGCCCAGCCCUAGCUUCAAAGGCAAGUAACAUCAUCAUCAGCAAAGCAAACAAAGUACACGAGUGUUCGAUCUGUGGUUCUGAGUUCACUUCGGGACAAGCACUCGGAGGCCACAUGAGGCGGCACAGGACAGUUACCAACGUGGUUAGCAGCCCGGUCAGUACAGCAGAAGUGAGCAGAAACAGUACAGAAGAAGAGACUGAGAAUUUGAGCCGUUCGAUGGAACAGAGAAAAUAUCUACCGUUAGAUCUUAAUCUACCGGCACCAGAAGAUGAUCUAAGAGAAUCGAAGUUUCAAGGGGUAGUGUUCUCAGCAACCACACCAGCGUUAAUAGAUUGCCAUUACUAGUUGUUUAAAGUUGAAUGUUUAAUUACAUAAUAUCAAAUUUGUGAA